AUGGACACUCUUCAAGUAACUGACGAGCAAAAGCAACACCUGCAGAGCGUAGCAGACGGUGUAAGAGACGUCUACAAUGUGCUCGCGCGCAUGCGCUACCUUGACCCGGACUGGAUUGAAGCCGGACCACACGAUCUGACGGACCGGAUCCAAGACUUUCGCAGCGUUGAGAUCAAUGACGAUAUUAUUUAUCUCUAUAUUCUGCUUCCAUACGUCUAUGCGGCGCACUCCGUGCAUUGCUUUGAAGCGAGCGAGUUUAUUGAUUACCGCACCUGCACAAAAGCAGUUCUUGCUCGCCUGAGAGAUCCAACGGAUAUUGGUAAAAAGGCCUACAUGAUGUAG